AUAUGGAUUAUGAUGAUAUCAAAUCUUUUAGCAGUUCUCAUCGAAAUUAUGAGGAUAUUCGAUAUGCACCUAUCGACGACGACGAUGAUGAUAGUGAUGGCUCAACCUCUGGAGAAGAUAAUUUUUCAAAUUAUUCAUUUUAUCAUCCCCUGUCCCGUCGCCGUAGAAACCAAUACAAAUAUAAAGGACGUAGAGGACGCCACCGAUCAUAUGGAAGAGAUGAUUAUUCAGUAUACGAUGAUACGUAUGAUACUCAUUCUUUAAAAAGCACUAAAUAUGUAAUUUCUGAGCAUGGUAGUCAUAAUGUAUUCGACGAUGAUGAUGGGGACGACGACGAUUUGGCAUUUCUAGACCAGCACUACACACUUCCUUUAAAAAGAAGGCACCAUGGUUAUAGAGAUAGUGAAUAUGUUGUAAAUGAAAAAGCUGAUAAAGAUUAUAAACGUUAUGACUUAAGAGUAAUUCCCCAUCGUAUAAAGGGUUAUGGUUUUGAUAAGCGUAUAAAACAUUAUAUAAGAAAAUAUGAUGGAACAGUUGUGAAACAAUUACCUUUCCUUUCUACCGUUUUUUUCGUUGGAGGUGUCGUGUUUUCCUGCUUUCAUUAUGUAGCAAUACCCAUUAUAUGUAGUACUUUAUCCUUUAUAUUCACGUCUUACUAUAUUAAAAGGCUAAAAAAUAAAAAGAGAAAACAAAAACGAAUAAAACGUGAAUAUCUUAUGGAUUG